AUGUCUUUAAACUACAUUAAGAACUUUUACGAAGGAUGUCUCAGGCCUCCAACGGUGAUAGGCCAGUUCCACACGCUUUUUUUUGGCUCUGUUCGGAUGUUCUUUCUGGGUGUCCUGGGCUUUGCAGUGUAUGGUAAUGAAGCUCUCCAUUUCAGCUGCGAUCCAGACAGGAGGGAGUUAAACCUCUACUGUUACAACCAGUUUAGGCCGAUAACACCUCAGGUGUUCUGGGCAUUGCAACUGGUAACUGUUUUAGUCCCUGGAGCGGUAUUUCAUCUAUAUGCUGCAUGUAAAAACAUUGACCAGGAGGAAAUCCUUCAGAGACCUAUAUACACUGUCUUUUACAUCAUCUCUGUCCUUCUAAGAAUUAUUCUGGAAGUCAUUGCUUUUUGGCUACAGAGCCAUCUCUUUGGUUUCCAGGUUCACCCGCUCUACAUGUGUGAUGCCAGUGCCCUAGAAAAGAUGUUCAACGUCACCAAAUGCAUGGUGCCGGAACACUUUGAAAAGACCAUCUUUCUAAGUGCAAUGUACACUUUCACUGUGAUCACAGUGCUGCUGUGUGUUGCUGAGAUAUUUGAGAUACUCUGUAGGAGAUUGGGUUACUUAACCAAUCAAUGA